CCUAUCAGAACAGGUACAUCAUAAUGGUGAGAAUAGUAUGGAGCCUUGUUGCCUUCCUUACUCUAAUGAGAAUGCUGAUCUUCCACAGGAUCUGGUUCCUGCAAGUUCCCUGCAAACUGCCCAAGACUUCAAACCAAAGAUUGUGGUGAUGAGUAGCCUGCGGGUCAUUCUUCAAGCCUCUUUAUGCAAAUCGCUGUGGAGAAGAUGCCAGAUUCUGAGAUCCAUGCCAGUGAGGCCCUGCAGCCUCUACACCUGCAGUUACAAAACCCGGAACCGAGCCUUGCACCCACUCUGGGAAAGAAUGGACCUGGUUCCGGGGGGCGAGCGCCAGUCGCCCAUCAACAUCCGGUGGAGGGAUAGUGUCUACGAUCCUGACUUAAAACCGCUCACCAUCUCUUAUGACCCUGCCACCUGCCUACACCUCUGGAAUAAUGGAUACUCUUUCCUUGUGGAAUUUGAAGAUUCUACUGAUAAAUCAGUGAUCAAGGGAGGACCCCUGGAAGAUAACUAUCGAUUGAAGCAGUUCCAUUUUCACUGGGGGGCCAUCGAUGCCUGGGGCUCUGAGCAUACUGUGGACAGCAAAUGUUACCCGGCAGAGCUGCACCUGGUGCAUUGGAAUUCAGUCAAAUUUGAAAACUUUGAGGAUGCAGCACUGGAAGAAAAUGGUUUAGCUGUGAUAGGAGUAUUCUUAAAGCUAGGGAAAAAUCAUAAAGAGCUACAAAAAUUGGUGGAUACGUUGCCAUCAAUUAAGCAUAAGAAUUCAGAGGAGAAGCAGCCUGUAGAGGUUGAUCAUGAUCAGCUUGAGCAAUUUCGGACCCUGCUUUUCACUUCCGAGGGGGAGAAAGAAAAAAGAAUGGUGGACAACUUCCGCCCCCUGCAGCCCCUCAUGAAUCGCACUGUCCGCUCAUCCUUCCGUCAUGAUUAUGUCCUCAAUAUACAAGCAAAAUCCAAGCCAUCGACCAGCCAAGCUAGCUCCUAAGACGCCCAUAUGUAGGUGGUGUUUUGCUUUAAUACAUAAUAGGUUUUUAAAAACUGUUAACUAAGACUAUUCUAAACACCUAAUACUAACUAUAGAGGUGCAUUUCUUGGUAUGGUAGUGCUCCUUCAGUCUUUUAUUGAUAAUGAUGUUAACACUGAAGUAGCAACAAGAAACACAAGUUUCUCUUAAAGCAACCUGUUGGUUUUUCUAAUGUCUUUUAAUGUCUGACAUUUUUUGAGCUGUCUUUUUAUAUUAUCAGUUAGUGGUUAUAUAGAGUUGUAAGUAGGGAUGACAGUCAAAUAUUUAACCACUGGUAAGGCACAAACUGGUACUUUCUGGCUGAACAUUGGUCAUGAUUUUAGGUACAUUUUAAAACAUGGAUGAAUUUUCUUUUAUAAGGCCUUCUCAGUGAGCAUAUUUGCUCUGCUCUUUAGUUAUCUUUCUAGUAGAUGAUAUGUUUGCUUAUUUACUAUCAACUUAUGAUACAGAAAAAAAUAUUAUGUAAUCCUAGGAAAACAAAGAUUUACUGAUAUCUGGAAAUAUUUUUGCAUUUCUGAAGAUCAGAUAUUUUACUUAAAGGCCUGAUCAUAUAAAAAGCAUAUGCAGUGUAGAACAUUUUAAAGAAAAUGCUUGAAGUGCCUGGAACUUACAAUUCUUUCAUGACAUACUUAUGGAAGUAUUUUUCAAAUGAUCAGUAAUAUAUAGUUUAUAAAAUUAUUUUGCAUUAUUUGUACACUGUUUCAUAGACAAAACAGUCUUAGCUUCCCUUUAAAACUGUCUGAACUUUAUUUCCUUAGUUGAUGUUCUGGGCAAGACAGGUGAUCAAAAUAAGUCUCCCAGUUUAUACAGUGGCUUAGAAAACUUUUGCUACAGCAAUAGGGGGAGAAACUUGUCAGACAGGCUGAAAUCUAGGUAAUUCUACAUAUUCCAUGGGAUCCAUGCCACUGUUGCCCCUGCUUGUAAAUAUCUUGGAAUGUUUCUAAUGGCCAAUAAGCCUGUGUUCAGACUCAAUAUUGCAUUAAUUAGUAGUAUUUCUUUCAUGAAUAUGUUAAUCUGGUCUGGAAGAUAGAGUUGGAUAAAUAUACUUAACACUACUGGACCAUACACUGAAAAAAGUUAAGAUGAUAAGUUUUAUGCUAUGUGUAUUAUUAAGUAAAAAUAAAUAAUUCGGUAGGAAGAAAAGAUAGAAUUGAAGUUGUAUAUGUAAACUUAGGGGGAUAUAUCUGCCCUAAAGAAGGUUGGAAGGGGGAGUGAAGGCAUUUACUUCUAGGGUGCAUGCCUUUUCUGGGAAAGGGAAGCAAGUAUACCUUGGGAAAUGAAUAUAAUUCUUAAAAAGGAAAAUGUGGGAGGGAAAGUUUACCUCAACUGAUCUGUUUCAAACCAUAGUUGUCUUUGAAAGGGUAAACACACAAGAUAUACAUUAUUCCUCUCACACAAGCUUCCCUCCUAGGCCUCUUGCAAACUCUUAAUGCAAAAUUCUAUUGCUGUGAGUCUUCCAAAUUGGAGCCAGAAGCAAUGUACAGAACACCCGCUUACCCUUAUAUCUUAGAGGUACAAAGGGUGUACAGUUGACCGUUGAACUGCAUUUGAAAUGCGUGGGUCCACUUACACGAAAUUUUUUUCAAUAAAUACGCACAGUACUGGAAAUAUUUUCUCUUCCUUAUGAUUUCCUUAACAUUUUCUUUUCUCUCACUUACUGUAUUGGAAGAAUGCAGCACAUAAUAUACAAAAUAUGUAUUAAUCAAUGAUUUGUUAUCAGCUAGGCUUCUAGUCAACAGUAGGCUAUUAGUAGUUAAGUUUUGGGGGAGUCAAAAGUUAUACACAGAUUUUUGACCAUUCAAGGAUGUCAGUGCUCCAAGCCCUGCAUUGUUGAAGGGUUAACUGUACAGGGUGGGGCAAGAGUAGAUUUACAAUUGUUUAUAUGGAAAAUAAUACAAUAAUUAAUAAAUUAAAAUACAAGAAUAAACAGUUUCGCAUACUCACAACUGUAAACCUACUUUUGCCCCACCCUGUAUUUAUAGGGUGUUUCUCAGUUUAUAACUCCUGAUUUACUUACACCGCAUGUUCUGGUGUAAUUUAUAACAGAACCCCCUUCAGUCUUAGCCAUGUCCUGUAUGUAUGUUUGCAUAAUACAUUUUUGGUCACCUUCCCUGCGGAGGUUAUGGAAACUGCCUUGGGGUGUGGUUUCAUGCAUGCCUUAGUUAUCUGCUCCCAAAAGGGAUCAUAGAGAUUCCCUGGCUAGUGAGACACCCUAGCAGGAAACAUUUUAUGUCUUCAUGUCUCCAAAAGUGUUUUACUGCUACCUUCCUAGACCUGAAGGGGAUAAGAUCUGUCAAAGGGCUUGAGAAAGAAUUUUGUAUUUAAAUUGCUGCUCAUCUUCAUUAAGUAAUGCUAGAUUAAUAAAACCAUCUUUAUAAUAUUA